AUGAGUGUGAUCACCUACCUGAAGACUCAGUUCAUCGUUCAUCUUUUACUUGGAUUUGUGUUUGUUGUCAGUGGCUUUUUCAUCAACUUCAUCCAACUGUGCACCCUCCCAAUCUGGCCCAUCAACAAGCAGCUGUAUCGGCAUCUCAACUGUCGGCUCGCUUACUCUCUGUGGAGCCAGCUGGUUUUACUGCUGGAGUGGUGGUCCGGCACGGAAUGUACACUUUUCACUGACCAGGCCACCGUGGACAAAUUUGGCAAGGAGCAUGUUAUUGUCAUCUUAAAUCACAAUUUUGAGAUUGACUUCCUCUGUGGUUGGACCAUGUGUGAGAGACACGGCGUCCUUGGGAGUUCCAAAGUAUUGGCAAAGAAGGAACUGCUGUAUGUGCCUCUGAUCGGAUGGACAUGGUAUUUCUUGGAGAUUGUUUUUUGUAAACGUCGUUGGGAUGAGGACAGGGACACGGUUGUGAACGGACUGAAGGCACUGCGGGACUAUCCAGAGUACAUGUGGUUCCUGUUGUACUGUGAAGGCACACGGUUUACGGAGAAGAAGCAUCGUAUUAGUAUGGAGGUUGCUGAAUCGAAGGGUUUGCCAAAACUAAAAUAUCACCUGUUACCAAGGACCAAAGGGUUUACCACCACUGUCGAAUAUCUCAGGGGAACAGUUGCUGCUGUGUACGAUGUGACAUUAAACUUCCGAGACAACAAGAAUCCGACUCUACUGGGCAUACUGCACGGCAAGCAGUACCACGCAGACAUGUGUGUCAGGAGGUUCCCUCUAGAAGAUAUUCCUGAAGAUGAGAAGGAAUGUGCAGCUUGGCUCCAUAGACUGUAUCAGGAAAAGGAUGCACUCCAGGAGCAAUACGCUAAGGAUGGCACAUUCCCUGGGCAGCCUAUCCAGCCUCGCCGUCGACCCUGGGCUUUCCUCAAUUGGCUCUUCUGGGUGACUGUGCUCCUGACUCCACUCUUAAACUUUGUUUUCGGCGUGUUUGUCAGUGGUUCCCCAGUCCUCAUCUGUUCGUUCCUGCUGUUCGUUGGAGCAGCAUCCCUCUGUGUGCGGUGGCUUAUUGGAGUGACAGAGAUUGGAAAAGGGUCCAGUUACGGAAACCAGGAAUUUAAGAAGAGGAUGUAGAAGUAUUAAUGGAAAGACUUCGAGCUGCUUAUUGAAAAUAACUUUAUGAAUUUUUAGGAAUGUUUUGCUCUUCUCUACUGACAGCAACUAACAGUGACCAGGAGACAAUAAUUGGCUACUCCAUAAUCAACCUGUGAAUGGGCAGCUGUGCUGACCACCAAUCCACACCAUUGACUCCCCUCUGUUCACACUUACCCAUCCCUGUCCAUGGUUCCUAAACCCCCACACACACCCACCUUCCACCACCUCUGUUCUGAGACCCUGUGAACUGACAAAAGAUUUUGUUUAACAGGUGAUUGAGUUUGUAACCGUCCAUUCAGAUUCUUUUUAUAAUGUUUACUGACUGAUGCUGUUAGAAUCCUUACAGUGCCGGUGAUUGUCACUGCACUGACCUAUCACUAAUGGAUCAGUGACACUGGCACCAAGGGGACAGUGCAGUGUUAUUGUGGCUGCCUACUGACUGAUUUUAAACUCAAGGAUGAGAUGAAUGUCAUCCAGCAUACACAAUAGUAACUUUCUGUCUCUGAGUGAGAGACGUAGUGAUCCCUGACUCCACACCAAUUCCACCCCCCCUUCCCACAUCUCUAUCCUCUAUAACCUUCUCCCUUCCUCCUGCCCCCCCCAAUCUCCUUUUCUGACCCUCCUUCGAUCUCCUUUUUGCCCCCCCACCCCAAACCAAGUCUCCACUCCCAGAUUCCAGAUUGAACUCGCUUUCAGAGAUCAAUGAUUCUUACUUUAAUUUCAUCAAAUCAUGUCACUGACUUUUUUGAGCUUAGUGGUGAGAUUAUGAAGGUAAUUUGAGCUGAGGUUGAAUUUGGGGCCUCUUCUGGAACUCUAACAUGCAGCCUGCCUACUCUCUCUCUCUCGAUCUUGAAUGCUGACUCUGCCCAGGACCAGACCCCAGUGUGUGAAUCAGGACAGGGGGGUUGACAAGUGUAUUUGAGCUCUGAAUAAGCAGGAGCAGGUUCAUCAUUUGAUUGGUCUGUGGCACAGGAUGAGGUCACGGUGAGACAGUGCUGAAGACCCCACCCCCCCAGCCCCUGCUCCCACCCUCCAGGUUGGGGGAGCGGUUCUGUGCUGUGCUGUGUAACAGGACUCCCCCAAUCUGAGGGUGUCUGUGCUGUGUGAUGGGACCCCCAGUCUGAAGGGGAUCUGUGCUGUAUGAUGGGCCCCCCCCACCGUGUGAGGGGGGUCUGACAUGGCACUGAUAUAAAGCACACAGUCUGAGCUGGAUUGAUUGGAUUUAGAGGAGAGUUUCUUACUCCACCCCUCUCCCCCCAGCCCCUUCCAGCCUCUAAUUGAUCAUCCCAAAUUCUCCAGUUUUUUUUGUUUCAGUCAUAACAGCAAUGUGACAUUACACUUCACCUCCUGAUACCACGCAAACAGGUCAGCAUUCCAUUGUGAGGAGCAUGCUAUUGUUAACACAGAGCUGGGAGCAGGGGAAAUCUGGAUUCACGAGGAAAUCCAAGCCAACAUUUUAGGGUUCCAAUUGUAUUUACAAUGUGCAAGUGGAGCUUUAUGGGUGGAUUUCAAUGAUGCUGGGAUUCUGGGCAGUGAGCUAACUGCGCAGUGAGGUAUUCAGUGGAACCAGUAACUAAUUGCACUUUUGUGUUAAUUUUUAAUCUUUGGAAAAACCCAUUUUGGGACUUUGAGCACCCUCUGGUUUUAAUCCCAUUACACUCCAAAUAUAUUGCUGGAAACCUCUGUCUACAAUGGGUUUAGAUUACAAUUGAGUUCGUUCUUAAUUUCCUCAAAGGGUUGAAUGGCUCCAUCCCUUUUAUCUCGAAGUAUAACACAAUCGAGUAACAGAGAAAGUGCCUAUGUAUGUCUACAUUGUGUGCAUGUCUCUGUUUCCUCUGUAGGUGAACUCUAUUUUCGGACUCUAAUCCCUACAUAUUUGCAGCUCAGAAUUUAAAAUGAAGCAUUUGAAAAUAGCUGGAACUGUAUUAGAACGAGAGUUGCCUGUGUCUGUAUCUAUCACUUCCACCUUUCCCAGAGAGUCAUGGGGCUCAGGUGAGGAGUUGGUUCUGAUAAUUGUUGCUUAGUUAUAUAAUUGGAAAAAAAACUAUUUAUAAUUACUAACUCACUCUGAAAAUGUUAACUCAGUGACCGUGGCCCACAGCGCCGAUUACAUUCACAGAGUUCAUUCCCUAUACCUGCACCCUCCCCAGUCCUGGCACUGGAAGAGAGCUGAGACCCCUUUGUCCAAAACUUGCUGCUCUCCCCCCGCCCCCCACCACCACCUCCUGCCAAAGUCCUGUUACACUCAGAGUAGGAAGAGUUUUUGUGUUAUCCUGUGAGCUGCUCGUCACGGGGCCCCUGGCUGUGCUCGUUUAUACACCACACAAUUGUGGAAAGCACGAUUUUAAAAUAAAACAAAACCAGCAAGCUUGGUCCAACAAGUAAAUGGGCAAAUAUACCAGGAAUUCAACUUAAAGUCAGGAAGCCAAGUGUAUGCAGGAAAUAAUCUCACCUGGGGUGGGUUGUGAUAACUUUACACCAGCCCCAUUGUUGGAGAGUUGAUAGGAUGAAAAUUGCCAGAAUUUGGGGGAGGGGAGGGGAGGAAAGGGGAGUGGGGUUGAGUAACCUGUGGGGAGAAGUGAACAUUGAGCUCGGUUUAUUCUUUUAAAGGAACUGAGGUUGUGAGCACUUAAAGUAAAAGUCUGAAUGGACUUUGGACUGUGAUCUGAUCCUGGGAUGUGACCACUUUACCUCACUGGGGUUGCAAGCGGCUCAUGGCACUGACUGCAUGGGGUGUUCUCUUUUUCAUCCAGUUCCUCACUUUGUGAUGAAGGCAGCACAGGAUAACAUAUCAUAGGAAAGGGGCAUCAUUUCAGGUUUAUUAAUGUAGCAGUGUGCACUGAGAGGCAGCUGUGUGCUGUCUAGCCAUUUUGUCCUUCCUUCAAGCAGUCACUGAGACUGAGGGCCCCAUCUGGCAUUCUCGUCAACACUCCAAAUCCAGCACAAUGCCUAAAGAUUUCAAAUAAAUACAAAAAAUGCUGGAAAAACUCAGGUCUGGCAGCAUCUAUGGAGAGACUUAACAUUUUGAGUCUAUACGACUGCUGUUCAAAGCUCUCCAACAAUGCAGCUUGCAUAAUGUUAUUACAACUCUGUCUCUCUCUCUCCACAGAUGCUGCCGGACUUGCUGAGUUUUUCCAGCAUUUUUUGUUUUUAUUUCAGAUUUCCAGCAGCCACAGUAUUUUUCUUUCAGCCAAGUUAUUUCACAUUGACUGACAUCAUAUGCAACAGGGCCGAGGGAAUGGGAAAAAUUCCCCAUUAGAGAAAGCACUUCAGAGAUGGUGGAACAUUGUGAAGCUUUACUCUGUAUCUAACCCCGUGCUGUACCUGUCCUGGGAGUGUUUGAUGGGGACAGUGUAGAGGGAGCUUUACUCUGUAUCUAACCCCGUGCUGUACCUGUCCUGGGAGUGUUUGAUGGGG